UGGAGGGGUGAUGUGUAGUAGCAGCUCCUUGCUCGCCUCAAUGUUGCAGCCAGCCUGGUGUGGCAGAUCGCUACAAUCCUGGAGGGAGCCGGGUCGAGUGAGCUGCUGGGCGUCCCAAUACAUAGGCGAUAUAGAUAGAUAGAUAUAUAAAUACAUUUAAACAAAAAAAAAAUUGAAUAUAACGAGAAAGACACACAGGCGGAUGGACGGACGUAAUAUAGGCAAGUGUUGCGAUUAACCUUAUUUUUUCUCUCUCUCUCUCUCUCGCUGUAUUUAUUUAUUUAUCGAUUGAUUUUAAUUAGUGUGUGACACGCGGGAGGGAGGAGCGUCAGGAUCAGGUGUGUGUGUGUGUGUGUGUGUGCGUGCGCAGUUUUGUUUGUUUGUUAUCGCCUUUUUAACUAAUAAAGCUUUUUUUUUUUCUUCCUCCCAAUUAAAAAAAAAAAAGCUGCGCGUUAGCCCGCGCGCACAUGAAUGUGUUAGCAUAUAGCAGCGAAAUAGUCAUACCAAAUAGCUCCAAACCAAAUGAAAUAAGACUUUUGUAAGUAAAAGGGGAAAAUUGUUUUGUUAUCGCUGUGCUUUAUUUACGCGACUAACCGAAGCUAACUGACUGUUUUCAUGCCUUUUUGGGCGCUUGAGUACAAAAAAGACGCGUGAACUUUCCCACCGAGUCGCGAUCCUCCGUCCGUCUGUGUGCCUCCAUUAAAGAAAGAACUCCAUUCUAUGCACAUUGAUGCAAUAAAAGACACAAAAAAAAAAAAAAGAAAAAGUGCCGGGCUGCUUUCAUGUGUACGCACCAAGCGAGCCGCCUCCACAAAGCCGAAGACACCCGCGAAGACUCCCCGGCGGACGCAUCCCGCCGUCCCGCCGUCGCAUUGUUAUUAUUUGCGCCCAAAGAAGAAGACGAAGAAGGAAGACCAUGUUCGUCCCCCUGCCGGUGCCGUUCGUGUUUCAGAGAGCUGCCCCCGCAGACCUCAGCGCCUGGCGUCUCAAGUCCCCCCUGGCUCUGCGCUCCAACUCCGAUGCCAGGAUGUCAAGGCCAGCUGAGGUUGACAAACUAGGGGCUGACUCACCACUGGACAGCACAGAAUCAGAGCGCAAUGGAUCUGAAUCGAAUCACCAGGCCCAGUCAAUGAAGGUUAAUCCAUUCUCCCUGUCGCCAAGCCUCAGCAGCAGCAAGAACAAGAUGGAAGAGUGUGGCGACAUGACGCACUCCCACGGCCCGACCCCCUCCCAGACGGCCCUGCAACACACGCAGCUCAUGCUGACCGGCUCCCAGAUCGCAGGGCUCACGGCUCUGUUGCCGCCGCAGCAGCAGCUUUUGUUGCAGCAGGCCCAAGCGCAGCUCCUGGCCGCCGCCGUGCAGCAGUCCAGCGCAGCGCACGCCGCUCACGCCGCCCACGCUGCCGCCCAGGCCAAUCAGCAAGCUCAGGCGGCCGCCGCGGCCAAUCAGCAAGCCCAGCAGCAGCAGCAGCAGCAAACGCAGCAGGCGGGACAAACAGGCCAGCAGCAGGCGCAGGGUCAGGGACAGAACACGCAGGAACACACUGCCCAAAGCGUCCCUGCCCCGCCUCCUCCGCCCCAGCUUACCCUCUCUCAGCCAAUCCAGCUCACCGCCCAGGACAUCCAGCAGUUGCUGCAGCUCCAGCAGCUGGUUUUGGUGCCCGGGCACUCCCUCUCGUCUCCUGCCCAGUUCCUCCUCCCGCAAGCGCAGCAGGGACAGCAAGGACUCCUGUCGACACCAAAUCUUAUUUCGCUACCUCAACAAAACCAAGGGAGCCUGCUGUCUGGUCCCGCUAGAAUGGGACUGCAAGCACAGCGAGACAAGAGCAUGGAGAUCAGCGGCGGAGUAGGAGGCAUGACGACGGUGUCGUCUGUGACCUCUCACGCCGAGGAGCCCAGCGACUUGGAGGAGCUGGAGCAGUUCGCCCGCACUUUCAAACAGAGACGCAUCAAACUGGGCUUCACGCAGGGAGAUGUGGGCCUGGCCAUGGGGAAGCUGUACGGCAACGACUUCAGCCAGACCACCAUCUCUCGCUUCGAGGCCCUCAACCUGAGCUUUAAGAACAUGUGCAAGCUGAAGCCGCUGCUGGAAAAGUGGCUCAACGACGCAGAGACCAUGUCCAUGGACAGCACCCUGCCCAGCCCCAGCUCACUGUCCAGCCCCUCGCUGGGCUACGACGGGAUGCCCGGCCGCCGCAGGAAGAAGAGAACCAGCAUCGAGACGAAUGUACGCAUUGCCCUGGAGCGUGCUUUCUUGACGAACCAGAAGCCUACCUCAGAGGAGAUUCUGCUGAUCGCUGAGCAGCUCAACAUGGAGAAGGAGGUGAUCCGGGUGUGGUUCUGCAACCGCCGGCAGAAAGAGAAACGCAUCAAUCCCAACAGCGCCACCCCUCCCCUGCCCAGCCAGCCCGCUGUGACCCCGCCCACCCACAAGGCCCCGUGCUACAGCCCUCACAUGAUAUCCAGUCAGCUGUCGCAGGCGGUGACCAGUCUGAGUAACACAACGGCGGCGACCACCAUCUCCUCCAUCUGCCCUCUGACCUCCAGCCUCACCUCCCUCACCUCCAGCCACCCUUCCUACAGCUCUGCCCCUUCCCCGGUGACUCCUCCCCCUCCUCCUCCUCCAGCUGCAGCUCCUGUUGGUCCUCCGCCCCGCAGCACGGCCAGCCCCGCCACUUCCAGCCACGGCACACUCAAUCUGAACGCUGGCUUGUGGCGUAUGGGGAAAAAGAACGGCGACAUGGCGAGCUACAUCACCGACUUUGCUGCAAACCUGAGGAACACUGUGAUGGGGGUUAACACAGGGAUGAACCAAGCUCUUCUCGGUAACAAUCCCCUCGCCACUAUUCAAGCCCUAGCAGCCAGUGGUGGCCAGCUGCCUCGUUCUAGUCUUGACUGCGGCAGUAAGAUGAUGCUGGGGGCGUCGGGCGGCCAGGCGGGGGGCCUGGCGUCCUCCCUCUUCCUCAACCACCCCGCCUUCUUCCACAUGGGCCAGAACCCCGGCGCCGGACUGGUCAGCGCGGCCGUAGCCAAAGCCUCCCUGCCCUCCCCCUUCGCCCCUUCGGCCAGCAGCAUCAGCCCCUCCCUGUGCUCCCCUUCCCCCUGCUCGAGCCCCGCCUCCUCUUGCUCGUCCAUCGAAAUGGCGCACAGCCCCCCCUCUCUGGGCGGGGCCAAGAUGGAGUGACGGCGGCCAGCGAGCGGCCAAUCAGCGAGGAGGGGGAAGAAGGAAGGAAGUAAGAAUCUCGCCUUUCACACCAAAGCUAGCUCUUCUCGUCUCUUGUGCUCUUCUUCCGGCACCUCUUAACGCCGUCCGUCCUUCCCUCGCCAUCUUUCGAUGCCAAAAACCCACAGAAUGAAGGAGGGAGGGAAGGGGGGAGGGAUGGAAAGGGGGCGGAAAUGACGGGAAGACUGAAACCAAAAAUUCUUUAUCUAGCCAAACAGUCAGCACGGCACCUCUCCAUCUACAGCGACAGUGACUCUUUAAGACGAGCAGAGAAGCCUAAAACCAAAAAUGACUAAACGUGGCAAAGAAUUAAAAAAAAGGAGGAGUCCUUUUUUUUUUUUUUUUACUUUAAAAUGCUGCGGGUCUGACGGGAGAGAAGGAGAAGUUUAAACCAAAAAUAUAACCUAAGAAGAAGAAGAAGAAGAAGGUGAGGAGGCGGUGAUGGAACACACAAUGACAAAAAAAAAAAAAAGACAAGACAACCAUACCAAAAUCCCAAAUACCAAAAAUACGGAGAGAAAAGCUUUAUUCAAAAAGGACAUGUAAAUAAAUACUGAAGCUAUCCAGGACCAGGACUCCACUGCUAAACAUCAUCCCCAUCAUAAGCGCGACAUAGCAUAGCGUCGCUUACUCAUUUACAAGCACUACUCAUCAUGCCGUGUCAUCGUCACCAUCAUCUUUGUCACCUUAUCACCCUUUUUUUUACCCCGGGGUCAGAGGUCACGCUCCAAACGUGCUCGUAAUCAAAAUGGCCGUGUCAGCGCCGUAACAGACAAUACUCACGGGAUAUCGCGGCAGUACGGUAGGAAGGGGAUUCCUACGGAGUUUACCCGACACAUGAAACGUGACAAAUUAAAAGGGGAGCACUAUACACUUUCGCCGCCAGACUGCAGUAGAGUGUUGAAUUGCUUCAAACGGGCUUUGUGGCCAUUCCAGCUUUGACCACAGCGUCAGUUGCGUUGCAGAGUGGCGCUUUCCAUCAUUUUCAGCAGACUGCAUUGCAAAAUGAUUAAUCCCUACUGUAUCGUUCAGGUGUAAGACUUUGCAGGAUCCCUUUACACACAGGCGCUGUCCCGCCUCUGUUGCGGCUCCGAUACCCCCGACAAUGGCCGUCUCUCCAUUUUGUGUCCGUGCUGUUCAUGUAGAACAACGAAAAGGCGGGAAAAAAGCCAGCAGUCGGAAAUAAAUUCCAGGGGUUGUCCACAGGCCCGCCCGAAGGUAAUUUAUUUUUUUUAAUUUACAACAAUUUUAAUGGGCUUUGGCAUAUUUUCAAAAUACAAUACACACUAAGAACAUAAAAAAAAUAGGGAAAAAAGUUGAAUGUGUAAAACGUUACCAGAGUAUUUUGACAAAAAUAUUUUUUACUCACACACAAUUCGCAAGGUAAAAAAAAUGUAUAUUUUCUUCAGUUAAAAAAACUAUUUGCUAGAAUAAAAACAAUGUUCUUGUUUCCAGAUUAUCUUGAGCUGUAGUAACACAAAUAUCUGUUAAAUAUCUGUACAAAUAAACACACAGGUCUGGCUAUAAGAACACCACAUUGCAUUUGGUCCAGAAUUGCUUCGAAGCCGUCCGGAAGUCUUUUUCCAUGGCCUCCCCGAACUCCU